UGGCCUGGAAAUCUGAUUCCAGGGCAGAGAUUUUCAUGCUCUGGGGCCUGGGAAAUUGUCUCAUACACUUCUGUCUUUGCCAUCAGAUACUUUCACUUAAUACCGGUCAGGUCAGUGUUGGGGGGAUCUUUUUGUAAGCAGCUUGACGAUAAACCUGCCGAGUUAUUCAAAGAACCCAAUAAGGUUUUUUUCUUUUAGUAACAUUACACCAUGUGGGUAACAAACCUCGUAUCUCUCGUCCUUCUGACGACUGCAGCCUCGGCAGCCACCUCCACAUCAAAAAACAAAGUGUUGAGUAACCAUGCCACCAUCCUGGCUGACAGCACUGCCAAUUUGGCUUUCAGUCUCUACCAGAGCAUGGUAAAAGACAAAAAUGUAGAGAACAUUAUCAUUUCCCCUGUCGUCGUGGCCUCCUCUCUGGGUCUCGUGGCUCUUGGGGGAAAGGCCUCCACUGCCUCUCAGGUAAAAACCAUCCUGAAUGUAGCUAAAGUGAAAGAUGAGCAUCUCCACUCCAGUCUGGCUGAGCUGCUCAUAGAGAUGAGCGACCCAAAGACUCGCAACAUCACCUGGAAGAUUAGCAACCGGCUGUAUGGACCAAGCUCCGUCACUUUUGUGGAUGACUUUGUCAAAAGCAGCAAAAAGCACUAUAAUUGUGAGCACUCAAAGAUCAAUUUCCGAGACAAGAAAAGUGCUGUGAACUCCAUCAACGAGUGGGCAGCCAAUUCUACUGAUGGCAAACUGCCUGAGGUGACCAAGAAUGUAGAAAAGACUGAUGGGGCGAUGAUCAUCAGUGCCAUGUUUUUCAAAUGUCACUGGGAUGAGCAGUUCCAUCGUGAGAUGGUGGAUAACCGUGGAUUCAUGGUGUCACGUAGCUACACUGUUUCAGUGCAGAUGAUGCAUCGCACAGGUCUCUUUGGAUUCUAUGAUGACAAAGACAAUAAGUUAUCUAUCCUGAGCAUGCCUCUAUCUCAUAAGAAGUCCACUGUUGUAUUCAUCAUGCCCUACCAUGUGGAACCUCUGGAUAGACUGGAAAAGAUGCUGACCAAGAAGCAGGUGGAUAGAUGGAUUGGUUUGCUAAAGGAGACAGCUAUAGCUGUGUCUCUGCCCAAAGUCAGCAUGGAAGUCAGUCAUGAUCUGCAGAAACACCUCCAGGAACUGGGCCUGACCGAGGCUGUGGACAAAUCUAAAGCUGACUUCUCCAACAUCUCUGGGAAGAAGGACCUCUACUUGUCAAGUGUGUUCCACGCCUCUGCUUUGGAAUGGGACACUGAUGGAAAUGAAAUUGAUACCAGUAUCUUUGGCACAGACAAGCUGAAAAACCCUAAACUGUUCUACGCUGACCACCCCUUUAUUUUCCUAGUAAAGGACCAGAAAACAAGCUCCAUCUUGUUCAUUGGCAGGAUGGUCCGACCAAAGGGUGAAAAGAUGAGAGAUGAACUGUAACCAUGUGUGUAAGUUAGAUGUUUGGCUGUGAUCAUGAGUGUAGAUUUUAUACUGCAGCAUGUUGAGAAAUGAAGAGUACAUCUGAUACUGUGUAAGCACUCUUUUAUGUCACAUGGCAACAACAUUCCAUUAUACACAACCUAAACAUUUGUCUUGUAAUUACUGUACGAGGCGAUGUGCACAUCUUUGAAUUUGGGACAGUUUCCAGUAUUUCAGUGUGUAUGUGUGUGUGUGUUUGUAUGUUGGCAUGUCACAUUAUGGACUGAAUACUUACAUUAAGUAUGACUUAUUAAAGUUUUUGUUAAAGCACAUGUUGUUUUAAUGACGUAGCAGUAACAUCAGAAUUUGUGCACGAAAAAGGUUUCUGGUGUCAUUAAGUCUUAAAAAUUAUGUAAAAUGUGCACAUCCUACAAGCUUCUUCACCUUUUUGUGUCCACAUGUCUUUGUUUUGAGUCACCCUGAAUGUGUACACGUGGUUUAACCCUCUCGAGGCAGGCGUUGCCGAUUUGCAACAGUUAAAAACUUAACAACCUGAUUACCCCACAUACAUAUUUUAUGAUUAUUUUUUUUGAUAAUUUUCCCCAAAUAUCAGAUUUUUCCUGUAACUAAAACUUAAUUUGAGCCUGAGAGGGUUAACAAUGUAAAAUAUGAUUGAGCUGUUUCAAAUGUCCAGUUUUUGCAAUAAAAGUAUAAAA